AUGGCGACGCGGGGAAUCGGUGCCAGCCGUUUGGUGCAUGGUGGAGGUAGUGGGGGAGCAAGUUUCUUCGGCCAUCCGUUCUCAUCCUCCUUGCGCGCAAGAUGUUCCAUACGAGCUGCUGCUGGACGUCCGACGGGCCCAAUGGCCACUCCUUCAGGGCCUACUCGGCGCAUUCCAUCCUCACGCCGCAACUUUUCUUCUCAGGACCCUGGCAAGCGACCCAAGUUCUCUCAGAGGCUUGGUGAAGCGCUGCGCAACAGCAAAAUCACAUGGUAUCAGAUUCCCGUGGGUCUGGGCAUAGGUUUCUUGGGACUGGUUCAAUUCUACAAGGUCUCAUCGCGAGAAAGGGAAAGGCAGCAAGAGCAAGAUGGCGUUAGGUCGCCGAAGCCUCGGCCAAGAGUGCGCCCUGAUGGACCAUGGCAGGUCCAAGUCAUGUCCACUCUCCCGCUCAAAGCCAUCUCUCGACUAUGGGGAAAAUUCAAUGAAUUGACAAUUCCGUACUAUCUGCGUGUCCCUGGGUUUAAGCUAUAUUCGUUCAUCUUUGGAGUCAACCUUGAUGAGGUGGCUGAACCCGACCUUCAUGUGUAUCCCAACCUCGCGGCUUUCUUCUAUCGAACUCUUAAACCAGGUGCUCGUCCACUGGAUCCAGACCAUCAUGCUCUUCUCUCUCCGUCCGACGGCAAGGUCCUCCAAUUUGGCCAAAUUGAAAGCGGUGACAUUGAACAGGUUAAGGGUAUGACCUACAGCAUUGAUGCGCUUCUCGGAAAACACAGCCCGACAUCCAGUAUUUACAGUGGACUAUCCAGCCAAGCCCGAGAGCAUCCCCAGCGAAGCCACAGCGCACCUGUAGGUGACGAAGAGAUUAUCAAGCAGGAAGAGGAAUUCGCCAAGGUCAACGGCAUCUCGUACACCCUACCCGACCUCAUGUCUGGAUCUAAAGAUGCGAAGCCUCCGCACCCCGUAACCGACGAAUCGCUUGCAGCUUCAUCUCCCCAUGCCGUCUCAGAGGUCCGCGCCGAGCUUGCUUUGGGCGAGAAGCCCUGGUACGAUCUACUGUCGCCCGAUAAGACCACGUCUUUGUACUACGCCGUCAUCUACCUUGCUCCCGGAGACUACCACCGCUUCCACUCACCCACGAACUGGGUUGUUGAGAGCAGACGCCACUUUGCAGGCGAGCUCUACAGCGUCUCGCCCUACCUGCAACGUACUCUACCUGGCCUCUUCACUCUUAACGAACGAGUCGUCCUCCUUGGCCGCUGGCGCUGGGGUUUCUUCAGCUACGUCCCCGUCGGCGCCACAAACGUCGGCUCUAUCAAAAUCAACUUUGACCGCGAGCUUCGCACCAACAGCCUCACAACGGAUACGGCCGCCGACCUUGCAGCCGAGGAAGCUGCCAAGCGGGGUGAGCCGUACCUCGGCUUCGCGGAGGCUACGUAUGAGAGCGCAAGCCCAGUUCUGCACGGACAUGCGUUGAGGCGCGGUGACGAGAUGGGUGGAUUCCAGCUCGGCAGCACCAUUGUGCUGGUGUUUGAAGCACCAGCUACGUUGAAGACAGCGGAUGGAGUGGAGAAGAAGGGAUGGGAGUGGGCGGUAGAGAAGGGGCAGAAGCUGAAGAUGGGACAGGUUCUAGGACGUGUGCUUGAAGACUAA